AUGCUCAUAGAUAUAUUUUCUGUUAGAAGGACAAUCUCCAUCGCGGCCUGCUUGGUGCAAAUGAACAUUGGCACGUUUUUGGGGAGCACUGAGUCGCUGUUACUGGCGGUGAUGGCGUACGAUCGUUAUGUGGCAAUAUCCUUCCCCUUGUAUUAUAACAUCAUCAUGAACUGGAGAGUCUGUAGAGCCCUGAUAUUAAUUAUAUGGCCCGGAGAUUUCUUCCUCUCAGUGGUCCCGGUCAUUUCAAGGCCUUUGGUAUUCUGUAAGGAAAACAAACUGGACCAUUUUGCUUGUGAGAUCCUGGCGGUCGUAGAGCUAGCCUGUGGAAACCUCUCUUUUUUUAAAGUGACUAUUUUUGUUGUAAGUUUGUUCACCCUUGUACUACCGCUUUUGUUCAUCAUGGUGUCUUACAUUCUCAUCAUAUCUUCAGUAUUAAAGAUCCGGUCUGCACAUGGAAGAUCCAAAGCGUUUUCAACUUGUGCCUCUCACCUGACCGUUGUGUCCAUGUUUUAUGGGACGAGUAUCAGCAUGUAUUUAGGACAAAAAAACCUUUUUUAUUCAAAAAUGAAAUAUAUUUCCCUUGUUUAUGGUGUUAUUACUCCCGUGUUAAAUCCUUUGAUAUAUAGCUUUAGAAAUAAGGAUGUGAAAGAGGCUUUUCAGAAGAUAUUUGCAAAGGUUGUCCACUACCACUAG